CGAGCGAGGUGACGCGUCGCGAAUGUAAACGGCGCUUGAAGCGACAAUUGUCACCCGGACGUGAUGUUUGUGCAGUGAUUGCACUUUCGUUAACAACAAGAUAAGCGGUUGAGACAAUCUCGGGCUCACCACCCUUGCAUUUAUUAACUGCGUCACGCAUAACCUCGCGCGUGCCGCGCGCGAUCUGAUCGCGGCCACAUGUCAUUACUGCGUAUCACUUAAGUUGGACGGCGUCCGAAGUACGUCGCCGUCAAUUCGAACGAGCGUCCGAGAGAUUCCCGCUAAAUUCGCGCCGCGUUCAAUCGACAUCGGCCGCCCUCGCGACCUUUGUUACCUCCGUAUUUUUUAGUUAGUCAUCGCGAUCUAUGCGCUGCACCUGGCGCGGUCGGAUGCUGCGUGGUUGAGGCCACCGUCAACAUGGUAUCGUCGUGGUGCUACCUCGUUCUGCCGGUGGUCGGCCUGUUCAUCGGCCUGCUCCGGAAAUGCCGGGAGCGCACCUGGGGAAGAUGCAGGAGCACCGGCAGCCUGAAGGACCAGGUGUUCCUCGUGACGGGCGCCAACUCCGGUAUCGGCAAGGAAACCGUGCGGGAGCUGGCCAGACGGGAAGCCACCGUCAUCCUGGCCUGCAGGGACGUGCAGAAUGCAAAGAACGUCGUACUUGAGAUACGCAACCAGAUACUUACUGGCCGACUGAUUCCAAUGGAGCUGGAUCUGGCGUCUUUCGCGUCAAUCAGAUGGUUCGCUGAGGAAGUGUUGAGAAAUUUCCCAAGGAUCGACGUCUUGAUCAACAAUGCGGGUGUAUACGCGUCGCUCAAGGAUCACGCGCUGACAAAAGAUGGUUUCGAGAUUCACUUCGGAGUGAAUCACCUGGGCCACUUCUUGCUGACCGAUUUACUCCUGGAACGCAUGAAGGAGAGCAGUCCUAGCAGGAUAGUAGUGGUGACGUCCAAGCUUCUGGAGUCUGGAGUAAUAGACUUUUCGAAUCUGAACGGUGAGAAAGGAUUGCCAGCCAAGAGGAGGAUGAAUCCCGGCUACUGUAACUCGAAACUGGCGAACGCAUACUUCGGCGUUGAGCUGGCGAAACGAACAGAAAGUACCAAUGUCAACGUGUACAUGGUGUGCCCUGGGUUUACCUACACCGGUUUGUUCAGAAACGUGAAGAGAAGUUGGUUCCAUUACAUUAUCUUCUCGCCUUUCGCUCUCAUGUUCCUGCGCACUGCAAAUCAGGGUGCGCAAACAGUGCUGCACUGUGCAACCGAACCAUCAUUGUCGAAAGAGAGCGGGCACCUGUAUCGCGAUUGCAAGCUCUACGUCUCGAAAAAGGAUUUCGAUCCCGAAGUGGGGGAACACCUGUGGGAUAUAAGUGAGCAAUUGACUGGCAUAAAGAAGACGGUGCAAUGAACAAUUGUAGAAUGUACAUGAGCAUGUCACGUGUACCCACGUGAUUUCUCACGUCUAUCGUACUUCAAGUGGCCAUUCAAUAUUUAUUUUUGUAUAUAAAGUGAAAUAGGAUAUAGACAUAGACAUAUAAUGUGGCGUAGACUUGUUUCUCCAGUUUUACGUAUUUAAGGUCGUAGGGGAAGUGUCUCCUUUAUACACAUUUAUUUUAAAAUAAGAUUUAAAAUUUAAUUUAAGAUUUAAAGAGUAUAUUUUUCAUCGUGAUGCAUGUAUGUUUUUAUGCUUGUAUAGUCCUUUUCUAGAUUUUCUUCACAGAUAGAAUUGUCUGUUCAUCUCGUGUUACAUGACAAUGUUAAAUAUCAAUUCUCAUACUUUAAGGUAGAAUGUAUGUCUGGAAUAAAAAUCUACAUCAUCGUAAUGUCCAAUAAAAAUGAAAAAAAA